AAUCGCUCCAACCUUUCGCAUCGUCGAUGGUGUCUACAAUAUGGGUGCUACGCGUAUGGACCGCCGUUCAACUCUUGGGCGUUGUCGCUGGGGACAUGUGCGAUACGUGCAAUGGCAACGGCGUAUGUGACAUCGUCACCCGCAUCUGCCAAUGCAAAGCAGGUUACCGGGGGAACCGCUGCGAGUUCAAAUCGUGUCCGUCAGGGGCAGCGUGGGCGGACUUUGCAGUCGCCACCGACACGGCGCACAGUCCGGCCGUGUGUUCCAACAUGGGGAUAUGCGACGACGUCACGGGCACAUGCAUCUGCCAGGCGGGGUUUGAAGGGCCGGCAUGUGAAGUCAUGUCGUGUCCCACUUGUGUGUACGGCCGAUGUGUGACAAUGCGCGAAGCAGCGGCGACCCAAGAUGACUACAAUUUCUUUACCGCUACGACCUACUCAUUGUGGGAUGCCGAUAAAGUCCGGGGAUGUCAAUGUGAUUACGGCUUUGAAGGCUACGAUUGCUCGCUUCGAAAAUGCCCAGUGGGGGACGAUCCGUUGACUACGGGCCAAGUGCCUCAAGUUCAGCAACUCAGUUGCAAAUGCACGGGCUGUACAGGGUCGUUUGUGCUGUCGUUUCAAGGGUUUUAUACAGUCAACAUUGCGCCCACUGCAACUGCGUCAACCCUUGCGGCAGCCAUCAACAAUUUGGUUCCCCUGCACGGUGUCACAGUUACGCUGUCUGGGGCUGGCUCUACCGUGUGCGAUACUGACGGGGCAGUGUCGUCCAUCACGUUUACCCAUGACGGCGGCAACUGGCCGGCGCUUCAAGUAACGAGCUUGUUUACUGGUGGCACGUCGGAUAUCUCUGUGCAAUCUGGGGGGGCCACCGGUUUGUUCGACGGAGUGCCAGCCACUGUCGUUGGCACUACCGAGUCUGCAGUGUGUUCGAAUCGUGGUCGAUGUGACUCUGGCACGGGGUUAUGCCAAUGCUCCCCUGGUUUUAGCAGCAGCAAUGGAGCGGGAAGUGCCGGCACGAUUCCGAAUUGCGGUUUUGGCACAACUACCAUUUGCCCAACGGCAGCGGCGAAUGGCUUGACUUGUAACAACCAGGGCAUGUGCAAUGCCGGCACCGCGUACAAAUGUGUGUGCAACAACGGGUUCACGGGCAUCGAUUGUGCAUUACGUGCCUGUCCCACAGGUGCAGCUUGGUUCGAUGGCGCCACUGCCACGAAUACAGCGCAUGCAGUGGCAACUUGCUCCAACAAGGGCAUGUGCAAUACUGCCACUGGCAUUUGUACGUGCCCAUCAGGCUACGCGGGCGCGGCGUGCGAGCUACUGGCCUGUCCUGGUGCGGUCAACGUGUGCAGUGGUCGCGGUCGGUGCAAAACCAUGCAACAACUGGCUAACUCAGCCGCGUCCAACGGCAAUUUGCUCGGGGUUACCUACGGCAAUACCCCCAACCUCGUAGCAACGUGGGACUACAACAAGAUUCAAGGCUGUGACUGUGGAGAGCAUUAUUACAUGGGCCCGUCCAUUGGACAGCUGGACGACUUUGUGGCGUACGAUUGUUCCGCGCGUUCAUGUCCGUUUGGCGCGGACCCGUACGAGACCGGCAAAGUCGACGAACAGCACACUGUCACAUGCACGGCGGACGGGGGGUCUUUCACAUUGACGUUUCGGCAGUUCACCACCGCCGCGAUCUUGUCGACAGCGACGGCGGCGGCUGUCCAAGCGGCCCUGGAGGCGCUGCCCACGGUCUACUCGGCCUUGGUCACGUCGGCCAGCUCCACAGUGUGCUCCAGCAGUGGUGCUGUUUCCACAGUCCAAUUCACGUCCACCCAAGGCCCAUUGCCGCUCUUGUCGUCCACAGUUGCGAGUCUCACUUUGACUGGGGGGGGCUCCCCUACUGUGACUGUAGCUCGUACCGUUCCUGGCACGAAAGCCAACGUCGAAUGUUCCCGUCGUGGCAUUUGCAAGAUACAAGUCUUGCCUAAACCAAUGAGUAGAUCGCGACAAGGGCGUGUGUGUAUGCUACGACGGAUUUUACAGCUCUGACGGCAACGGCAACGUCGGCACGCGGGGGGAUUGUGGGUAUUUGUCGCCAUACUACGACAUGUCCAAAGUGAUAGCUCGUCCCCUCACCGAGAUAUGACAUUCGACGCGAAUAAUACAUGUGUACUAUAUACCCCU